AUGUCUGAAGCCGAGUAUCCGAGACCUGACUUCGUGAGAGCGUCCCUCCGUUGGCAAAGCCUUAACGGGCCAUGGGACUUCUUGUUUGACGACGACGACGUCGGACUGGCGCGACGCUGGCAAGGACACAAGCUAGCAGACUGUGCGCCAGCCAAUAUUUCUCUUCGCACGAUCCAAGUCCCCUUCGUCUUUCAGUCCAAAGCAUCUGGCAUCCAUGAACGAAGCGAUCACGAAGUGCUUUGGUACGAACGCUCUCUCCACGACUUUCGGACGAACGAGGAAAGGAGCAGAGAUCAGCGAGUGCUGUUACGCUUCGGAGCAGUAGACUAUCACGCCACCGUCUGGGUUGACGGCAAGCAUGUCGGCGAGCAUCGUGGCGGCCAUGUUCCCUUUCAAUUCGACAUCACCGACUUCUUGGCCCAUGGAGCAUCAACAGAACAGACCUCCCGCGUGACAAUCCGGGUGUUCGACUCGGCCACGGAUCUGACGCAGCCACGAGGCAAGCAAUUCUGGGAAGCGGAGUCCAAAUCCAUCUACUACACACCAUCGAGCGGCAUCUGGCAAAACGUGUGGAUGGAGCUAGGGCCGCCUGCAAGGAUCGCGGAUAGCUCUCAUGGAACAGUCAUUCGCUCAGAUGAUAUCGAAGCCGGUCGUGUCAAUUCUCACAUUGCUCUCGUCGGACGCAAGGCUCGGCAUGACUAUUAUAUUGAAGUCGAGGCUAGUCUUGCUGGAGUCCACGUUAGCAAGUCUGGACUACAACGCGUUCCGAAGGAUAAGGAUUCUAUCGAUGUCAGCUUGAACAUGCGACUAUCUCAACAACAGUUACACACCCUUCCCGCAGCAUUGUUGCAGCAAGCUCCGUUGCACGACCAGAGCUGCUGGCGAGACGGACUGGGCUUAUGGUCCCCGGAAUACCCUCUACUCUACAACUUGACCGUUCGUCUGUAUGAUUCGUCCGGCACCGUCAUCGAUGAGGUGUGGACUAUUACAGGCAUGCGAUCGAUCAAUUGGACGACUGGAGACGGGACAUUCAGACUCAACGGUCAACCGUACUUCCAAGCGCUACUCCUCGAUCAAGGCUACUGGCCAGACACCAUCAUGACCCCGCCGAAUGAGCACGCACUCAAACGUGACAUCGAACUGAGCAAGAGUCUAGGCUUCAAUGGCUGCCGAAAGCACCAGAAAGUCGAAGACCCAGCCUUCUUGUACUGGGCAGACCGGCUGGGCUUUCUGGUGUGGGGAGAGAUGGCAUCGGCGUUUGAUUUCAGCCUUGAGUACACAGAUCGCUUCGACCAAGAGUGGGUGGAAAUGGUGCGUCGCGACAUCAACCAUCCGUGUGUGGUGGCUUGGACGCCAGCCAACGAGAGUUGGGGAUACCCCGAUUUGCAAAAGGACACUCGACAGCGAGACCACCUUCGAUCCCUCUACUACAUGACGAGAACGCUGGAUCCUACGAGACCCAUUAAUGACAACUGUGGUUGGGAACAUGUUAUCACGGAUCUUUCCACAUUCCACGACUACGCAGAUGCUCCGGGAAUGGCCAAGAGAUGUGCUUCCGUGCAGUCUAUCGUCCAUAACACAGGCAGAGCGAUGUUUCUCAACGACAUCCACGGGCCGGGCGGAGCGUACGAUGCCGGUUCGCGCCAUCUUCGCGGAGCCCCUAUACUCUGCACCGAAUUUGGGGGCGUCAAUAUCGCGGGCAACGCAGAUUCUUCACAAAAGAAGAACUGGGGCUACACCACAGCGAAGGACUCGCAAGAUCUUCUAGCGCGGGUAGAGCGAAUUGUAAUGGCAACGGUGGAGAAGGGGCAUAUCUGUGGAGUGGUGUGGACGCAGUUCACGGAUAUCGAGCAGGAGCAAAACGGCCUGUUCACGUUUGAUCGGAAGGAGAAGUUGCCGGCCGAGCAAGUCAAGCGGAUCAUGCAGCGUGCGGCGGAGGUGUAUCAUGCGAACCGUCUUGGAGCAUAA